AGAAUAUUUGACAGACAUCAGAUGUCACUGGUAUAAAUUAGUUUUGCCCCGAUUAUUUAAAGAAAACAAACAUUUAUUGCAAAUGAUAAAUAACACGCAUUGAAAGAUUCGAAAUGGCUGUCGUCAAUCAGAAAGAAUACCUAAAAAAAUAUUUAGGAAUAGGAAAAUCACAUGGCAUCAAAAAGAAAAAGAAGAAAUCGGAAAAAACUUUGGGAAAACGGCUGAAAAUAAUUGACGAUGAUCUAGAUGUCUCGUUAUCAGAAGAAAUCAAAGGAGAUUUAGCAGGAGACCAGGAGGAUGCCCCUCAGAUUGUAUCAAUUAUCGACGAUCGUCCUCCGUCUCUCAGGAUCGAUGAACGAACCAAAAGUAAAAAUUGGAAACCGAUUGGGGCAGCGGACUCAGACGAGGAAGAGCAGAAUGCUACUUUUUCACAAAGUAAACCUCAUAACUUGGAUAUGGACAUAGCAAGUCGAGGCAGAAAAGAUUCAGACCAGUCUUUAAUAACCAAAAGGCAUUUUUCAAGGCAAGACAUUUCACCGCCUAGGCUCAAACAUGAAAUUGUCCCUAAAAGAGAACUAUCUCCGACUGACAUCUCACCACAAAGGAGGACUGAUCAAGAUCACUCUCCUGAAAGGAGAAGAAAUAACGAUUCUGGUGAUCAAUCACCAGGAAGACGAAGAAGUUGUGACUCUGCGGAUCGUUCACCACCUAGAAGGAGAAAUAAUUCAGAGGAUCACUCUCCAAAGCGACAAAAAAGGGAUAAUGAUCAGUCUCCACCGAGAAGAAGAAGGAACGAUGGUGGGGAUCAGUCUCCACAGCGACAAAAAAGGGAUAGUGAUCAGUCUCCACCAAGAAGAAAAAGAAAUCAUGGUUCUGGAGAUCAGUCUCCAAGAAAACAGAAAAAUAGUAAUCCUAAUGAUCAAUCUGCUAGGAAGAAAAUAAACCGAGAUGAAGAUUAUCCUCCAAAGCAUGAGAAGAGAAGGGUUUCUGGAGACCACUCGUCUAAUUUAAGAAAGAAUGGAGAUGCUAGAGAGUCACGUAACGAAUAUAUAAGGAAAGACUCAAGUCGCCAAAAAACAUCGAGAUGGAGUGAAAAUUCCCCCGAUAGUUCAAACAUAACUCUUGGAAAAGCUGAAAAAACAUUGAGCGGUAAAAAGUCGGGUCUGCAGAAUGCCAAGGAUCUCGCUCAGGAAUUGUCAGCUUUAAAAGAGCGAGAAAAUGAGCUGUUUUCAAAAUUAACAGCAGUUGAAUCAGGAGAGAAUGCAGUCACUGUCUUGAGGAAUAAAAAGACCAUCAGCCCGGAGGAAGAAGCGGAACUACAGAGAAAGAAAAAGGAGCUCGAAGACAAGUACUCGAAAUGGGGAAAGGGUCUCAAACAAGUGGAGGAUAGCAACGAAAAGUGGGCCGAACAACUAAACGUUAUGAGUAAGCCUUUGGCGAGGUAUGCUGACGACGAAGACCUCGAGAAGUACCUGAAAGAUCAGGAACGAGAUGGAGAUCCCAUGCUGAUGUAUAUGCGGAAAAAGAAGAAGAAGAAAGCUGUAGAAGCUGGGAUCUCAGAAAAACCUGUUUAUUUGGGAGAGUUUCUGCCAAACAGAUUUGGUAUUCGACCCGGCUACCGGUGGGAUGGUGUGGACCGAUCUAAUGGUUAUGAAGUGAAACUACUGAGUUCCAGAAACGCCGAAAAGGCCCAACGAGAUGAAGCAUUCAUGUGGAAUACUGAAGACAUGUAAUAUAAUAAAUUUUUCCACUUGUACAGAAA